GCAUCCUCAGGAGUAGGGAGGGUUGCAGGGUGGAGGUCAGAGAACCCACUAUGGCUUGCCUUCAAUGUGGCUUCACUGGAGUGAAGCCAAGCGAGAAAGAGCUUGAAGCUUCCCUGUAGCGGCACAGCCUCAUAGCAGCAUGUCCUGGGAGGGGCCCAAGGGGGGGAAGCAACUCACUAGUGCUGCCUGCCUUGGUGCCUGCUUUGACCCUCUAGAUGCUCUGUUUGGGCCUAGACUUGAAGCAGGUGGGGGGAAGGGUGGAGGGAAGGGUGGCCACCUAUAUCUUGUUUCCCGUGGGUUGGGUUGCCAAAAGUUUGGUUGGGGACAGGCCCAUGGUGGGGCCAGCCCCUGACCCUGGGGGUUAUAUAAUGUAACUUUGCUCCUCACCAGGUGUUUGGAUGAAUAGGUGGGUCUGUGGCUUCUCCUUCUGACUUUAGGGAUGGUUUCUGGGAGAAAACAGGGAUCCUGGGAGAAUCUCUCCAAUGAAUCCUAGCUCUCUGCUAAGUCCAAGUGUUGAGUCACAGCCUGAAAAGAAACCGGUGCACACGCCAAGGAGCCAAGGAGACAGUGAACCACGUAAAGAACUGGUGAACUCAGGGACUCUUAAUUUCGAGCCUGUCCAGGAGAAAGUGAAGGCGCCCAAGCCCCAGAGUCCAGGCACCUAUCGAUUUGGCCGUCUCAGCCACCACUCCUUCUUCUCCCGGCACCACCCCCACCCCCAGAGGGUGACGCACAUCCAAGAUCUCACUGGGAAGCCCGUGUGUGUUGUCAGGGACAUCGGAGACCAGUACUCUCUGACCCCCUCGCCUCAAGACCCACUCUGGUCCCGCUGUCUGAUGAAGACACCUACAAUAGCCACCCCCAUUGGGGACCCACAGUCGAAUCAGGAGCCUCAGCUUCCUUCUGAGGCCUGGAAGAAGGAGUUGAAGACCCUGGCUUCUCGCAUAGCUGUCUUCACCAAGGAAAAUGAGCCGAAGGACAGCGAGAAGGAGGAACCUCAGAGAGAAGAGGGGGCUAAGUACUCGGCUGAGACAGGGAGGCUCAUCCCUGCUUCUGCCCAAGCCUUUGGCCGCCGCCACUCCCGCCAGGGUCACCGGAGCUCUUCUUCAUCUUCAAGUAGAAAUGGAGACAUUCAGACCAUCCUAAAAGAUCAGGAGCUGCUGGACGACCUCACCUUGCCUGGAGUUAGGUUCUCGGGUUCCGUGGGGAGGGGGCACAGGGCAGGACUACAAGGGCUUCACCUCCCACCAAGGGUCCCAACUUCAGCCAGCAGUAGACACAGCUACCAUCACCAGCCCUGCGUAAAGACCCCCCAUAGAUCACCCAAAAUAGAAAUGGAUCAUUCUUUUCUUGACUGGAGAGUAGAGGGGGGGACAAGCCCUGAAGUAGAAGAGACACCAAAGGCUGAGGAGGCUGCUGGGAGCCAAGUGGACACGCCGUUCACCAUGGACGAGUCCCAGGCUGAGCUAUCUGCAGGACCAGCCCACUUCAGCCCUCAGCCUGUCUUCUGGGAGAACAUCACCUUCUUUAUAACAUCUCCAGACCCUGGGAGUUCCAGGGUGGGGAGGCCCACGGGGUCCCUGAAACACUCACACCAAGAACUCAGGGACUCAGAACCCGGUCUUGGAACUCCUCUGUCAGAUUCUUCAGACAGACUCUUUGAGAUCUAUCCAGUUCUGGCUACUCUACGCUCCCCAGAAGGAGAAGGACCUGGCAUUGGGACUCCUCCAGACAGCAGUGGCUCAGCUUCUUCCUCAGCCCCUAGUCUCUAUCCCAGAAGAGAAACUCCUGAACCAGCUCCAGGAAGUCCAGGAAUCUCAAGAGAGACUACAGCUCACACCCUCCAGUCAAUCCCCGAAGAAGACGAAGACAUCUCCUCUACCCAAAAGCGAGAGACCAGAGUACAUUGGAAAAGCACAAGUUCUUCGGAUGUAUUCCAGCCAGAGCACAGAAGAAAAAACUCCAAAGAUAAUGGAAGAGCACUGAAGAGUGAGGAUUCUCCAACCCUCCUCACUCAGACAUCAUCCCAUACUUUAGAGUUGUCUUUAUCACCUCAACCAAAAUACUUAUUUUGCUAUAGCAAAAAGUCUAUUAAAUUAUGAUCUCCCCUUGAAGGACAGUCCCACUGUUCUAGAAGAAAAGGUCUGUUCUUAGGGUCACUUAU